AGAAUGGUUAAUAACGCUGAUCAUCUCUAGGAAGGAUAUUGAUUCACCUCAUGUAAAGUAUGCUCAGUUCCUUUCCAGUGGUUUUGCUGGAAACCAUGUCUCACUAUACAGAUGAACCCAGAUUUACCAUAGAGCAGAUAGAUCUGCUUCAGCGCCUUCGGCGUACUGGAAUGACUAAACAUGAAAUUCUCCAUGCCUUGGAAACUUUGGACCGUCUUGAUCAAGAGCAUAGUGACAAGUUUGGAAGAAGGUCCAGCUAUGGAGGAAGUUCUUAUGGAAAUAGUACCAACAAUGUUCCAGCAUCUUCCUCUACAGCUACAGCUUCCACACAGACCCAGCAUUCUGGAAUGUCCCCAUCUCCUAGCAACAGUUACGAUACCUCCCCACAGCCUUGCACUACUAAUCAAAAUGGGAGGGAGAAUAAUGAGCGAUUAUCCACGUCCAAUGGAAAGAUGUCACCCACUCGCUACCAUGCAAACAGCAUGGGUCAGAGGUCUUACAGUUUUGAAGCCUCAGAAGAGGACCUAGAUGUAGAUGAUAAAGUGGAGGAAUUAAUGAGGAGGGACAGCAGUGUGAUAAAAGAGGAAAUCAAAGCCUUUCUUGCCAAUCGGAGGAUUUCCCAAGCAGUUGUUGCACAGGUAACAGGUAUCAGUCAGAGCCGGAUCUCUCACUGGCUGUUGCAGCAGGGAUCAGACCUGAGUGAACAGAAGAAAAGAGCAUUUUACCGAUGGUAUCAACUUGAGAAGACAAACCCUGGGGCUACACUAAGUAUGAGACCAGCCCCCAUUCCAAUAGAGGACCCAGAGUGGAGACAAACACCUCCCCCAGUCUCUGCCACAUCUGGCACCUUCCGACUACGGCGAGGGAGUCGAUUUACCUGGAGAAAGGAGUGCCUGGCUGUCAUGGAAAGUUACUUCAAUGAGAAUCAAUACCCAGAUGAAGCUAAGAGAGAAGAAAUUGCCAAUGCUUGCAAUGCAGUUAUACAGAAGCCAGGCAAAAAACUGUCUGAUCUGGAACGAGUUACCUCCCUGAAAGUAUAUAAUUGGUUUGCUAACAGACGGAAGGAGAUCAAGAGGAGAGCCAAUAUUGAAGCAGCAAUCCUGGAGAGUCAUGGGAUAGAUGUACAGAGUCCAGGAGGUCAUUCCAACAGUGAUGAUGUUGACGGAAAUGACUACUCAGAGCAGGAUGACAGCACUAGCCAUAGUGACCACCAAGACCCCAUCUCAUUAGCUGUGGAAAUGGCAGCAGUCAACCACACUAUCUUGGCAUUGGCCCGACAAGGAGCCAACGAAAUCAAGACAGAGGCCCUGGAUGACGACUGAUCAGGGAGGGUUGAACAGGAGAAGUUAACUUAGUUUAGACGUAGCACCUUAGCAGACUUUCCUCGGUCCUUAACAUGUGUUCUUACAGUAUAACUUGCAGUUUCUUGUAUGUCAGUUAGCCGUUAGGGUCUUGUUCUGUGAAGAUGGCAUGGUGCCCUCAGCCUUUGCAUAUACUCUCUCAGUAUUAAUUCCCAGUAAAUAAUAACCAACCAACCAACCAAACUCCCUCUCCCAGCCCCCGAGGCUAGAAAAUCUUGCUGCUCUGUCUUAGCAUUCCAAGAAAGUGCUUCCAGGUAUUUAGAUAGCCCUCAGUUCUCCAAUAUUAGGCUACAUGUAAAACCUUGGGUACCUUUAGAUUCCUGUAACACUAGUCUGUACCCUUUUCCUUCCCCAAGACUGAUAGGAUGCAAGCUGAGGUAGUGUGGCCCAGGAUUGACAGACACCAUUUGGGGAGUAUCCACAGAGUAAAAGGAACACUAGAAUUCCCACUCAGCGUGGGAAUCAUUGAUUUCCAGCUGCAAUAAGCCGUGCCUCAUAAUAGUCACACUGUGGCUAGAUUAUACUUCUUUGGGUGCUGUGCUAAGAAUGUCCAUGGAAAAACUUGAUCUCAGAUUUUGGUUGACGUUAACAUGCCUGACACAGACAUCCUUUCCUCUCACAAGCUGUGUGACUUAGUAGAUAAAAUACUGCCUUCUGCCUUUGGGACCAUGAUUCAAACAAACAAAAAGACAAAAAACAAAAGUCAUUAAAAAAAAAAAACAAAAAACCCAGCUUGAGAGCAUUGGAAAAAAACAUGAGCUGAAUGUCUAAUGGAUGUUAAGUCCAGUUCUCAGAACCACUGUACGUUGCGUGGCACAGGUAUGUGCCUGCCGGGAAAAGUGCUGGAGGCAUCAUGGAAGCUGCUCUGCCUCCUGUUUGUGUCCCUUUUCCCUGCUACCAAAAAGUCUUUCAAGGAUGGAGCUAAGGUCACAAAUGAGUGAAUGAACUUCCAGUCUUUGUAUCCAUUAACUGAAGCCCCCUCAAUAUGAGAGGUUGAUAGAGGACUUUAGCGUGGGAUUAUGCUGGCUGACUGUCACAAAUGCAAAUACUUUCCUAAAUAGGAGCAGAAAAAAGCAGGGGACAAUUGCCACUUAUGUGGUGGGUCUUCGAGAUACAACGUGAUGUGACUGCUUUGGUGUUCUCUUUACUCUGUCCUUGUAGAGGUGUGAAAAGCUAUAUUGCUACAGGCAAUUUAUUUAAUAAUUGGAAGCCAUAUUGAUAAUGGAUGUGGUAAUAUUUGUAAAGUUUAAUCUACUUUAAGCGGCAGUAACUAAUGGAAUUUUUUUCCUUGAUCACAUAUGUAGCACUUUUGUUACUUUUUAAAGAUAUUUAUAUUUGAUAAAUCUUUUUUUCAUUUUGAGAACUCAAAAUACCAAACAGUGAACUUGCGUUAUAAAGUCACCCUGUGAUCACCUUGUCAUCUAGUAGCAAAAUGAUGAACUAUUCAUGCAUCAAAGAAAAUUACAUCUGCUGGCCUUGUAUGAAAAUGAUCUCUUGGCAUCCCGAUUAAAUGACACACUGUCACUGUGGGGAAGAGGAAACCGCCU